AUGGACGAGAAUCUGACCGAAGACGAAUUUUAUGCCGGUCCACUCCGCGGUGUCUUAGCGAGACUGGGUAAGAUGAAGGUUCUUCAGAACGUCCAGACCUUGGUCCUCGAUGAUCUGGCCUCGGUCACCGUCGACCUGAUCAACGACAUCGCCACUAGAAACGAAUACAACGUUCGCCUCCUCAGCAUACGGCGGUGUCUCAACGUCAAUCAAUUCAAACUACAGCAGCUUCUCUGCCAUCUUUGCCGACCAAGCAGACCUGAAGGAACUCCUCGAUUGCAGGGACUAUAUGUCUUCACGCCUCCACCAUCGCAUGUCCAGACAAAUGAUGUCGACUUCAGUCCUGAUUUCCACUACAAUUUCGACACCAUGGGCGCAUUGGACUGGCACAGCCUUCUGCGGCCAGAGCUGUUUAACAUGAACGGAACAGCCAGGUCACGCGACGUGGAACCCUGGUAUGCGCCAUCGGGUCACGUCAUAACUCAAGGUCGUGUGACACGAACGUCUUGGGAGGAGACCUUGCAGACGUGCCGAGGCAUCAUCAGCUUCGAUGCUGUGUUAUGCACCCAUAUGCACGCCGACAUGGCACCUGUUCUUCAUCCAGCAUCAAGAGAACACCUCACGGAAAACAAACCCGGCAUCCCUCCGCUGGCCACUGUGGCUCUCGGGCCGGCAGGAUGUGCAAGCUGUGGUCGAGCCCCUCGCGGUGCACCUGUUUGGGGCAAGAGUGAUCUUCGCGAGUUCCCACUCCUCUGGCCUCCGCCUCAUACUGGAAAGCUGAUUGACGCUGUGCGACCCCCAUUGCGCCUCACCGAAGACGGAGAGAUUCUGCUCCAGCGACUCAUCGUUUCCUGCAAAUGGUGCCUGGCCAAUCGACAUUGCGACAGCUGUCAUCAGUGGUGGUGCGCUGAUUGCUACAAUCCUGAAAGGGCGAAAAGAUUCGCUAGCCCAGAAAGACUGGCACCCGCAGCAGACAUUAUCGCGGCUUCGGAAGCCGAUCGAGGGACAGGUCAGAAUACUACCAACGGAACAUCUUCUACUGGUCAUCUUCUCAAGGUAUUUGCCGGUCGUUGUGUUGAAAACUGCCCUGCUAGCAGACGGGCGGUUGUGGCCAGAGGCGGCGAGGCUGGGGGAUAA